CCAAGUGCUGAGUGAUCCAUCACAAAGACAAGCUUAUGAUGCUUAUGGAAAGUCAGGAAUUAAAACAGAGGCAAUUAUAGAUCCUGCUGCAAUUUUUGCCAUGCUUUUUGGAAGUGAACUUUUUGAGGAAUAUAUUGGCCAACUUGCCAUGGCAUCUAUGGCGUCUUUGGAUAUUUCUCCCGAGGGUGAAGGGUUUGAUUCUAAAAAGUUGCAAGAAAAACUGCGGGCUAUCCAGAAGGAGAGGGAAGAGAAGUUGGCUGGUAUACUGAAAGGUCGUCUUAAUCUGUAUGUUCAAGGACAUAAAGAAGAAUAUGUUCGCCAAGCUGAGGCUGAAGUGGCAAAACUUUCAGGCGCUGCUUAUGGGGCGGAUAUGCUAAGUACCAUUGGCUAUAUAUAUUCAAGGCAGGCUGCAAAAGAGCUCGGAAAGAAGGUGAUGUACUUGGGUGUGCCAUUUGUUGCAGAAUGGUUCAGGAAUAAAGGACACUUCAUUAAAUCCCAAGUAACUGCUGCAACAGGUGCAAUUGCGUUAAUUCAGCUGCAAGAAGAUAUGAAGCGACAGCUGACCGCAGAAGGAAAUUACACAGAGGCGGAGCUUGAAGAAUACAUCCAAUCCCACAAGAAGUUAAUGAUAGACUCUCUAUGGAAGCUGAACGUGGCUGAUAUAGAAACAACCCUCUCUCACGUUUGCCACAUGGUUCUGGUAGACCCCAGUGCAAAGAAAGAAGAGCUUCGAAUGCGUGCCAAGGGGUUGAAGACCCUCGGCAAAAUUUUCCAGAAGGUGAAGCCUAUGGCUGAAGGCGAGUCUGACAAUCUUAAAAAAGAUCCACUCCUUAAAUUGACUGGAGCUGAAGGUGGUGGCGCCAAUGCUUCUCCUUCUAAGAACUCCUCUGCCAAAUCUUCGAAUAGUGAAGAUAUUUCUUCUAAAUCUGCAUCUCAUAGCACGUCCGCAGAGGCUCCUGCAGGAACUUAAUCCAGCAAUUCUUCUGUAUACACCUUCCAAACACACAUAAUAAGCACAUCUGUUCGGCAUUUUAGAUGUGGUGUUGUCUAGUUGUAGCAGCCGCAUAUACAUACAUACUUGGGCAAGCUCUCUCGUGUCGAUUUGAGCUAGAACCGCUAGAACCGGUGCUCUCCGUAUGCUCUCUGUCUCUUAUUCUUCCACAUAAUUAAGUUGUUGUGUUGCUUAAUUCUUAUAUUAUCAUUAUUACAUUUCUUCAUUCAUUAUUCAAAUGUGUAUAGUAUAGUAUAGGCCUCAGAAUCAUAUGAUGGCGAGGAUACAAAUAUGUUAUUACCAUGUAAUGUAAUAAGUUGUC